AUGGGGCGCAAAGCCCGCAUGAAGAAGAAGUUGCAGGAGAUCGGCCCGAGCGAUCCGUGGCCGCGACUCCAGCCGCUCAUACCCCUCACUCCAGGUCCUCAGAUGGCGGGCGGGAUGCCCGCUUGGCCUCAUGGGGCGAUGCCGCGGGGGCCGUGGUGGACGCCGACGCGGAUCCCACCACCGCCGCCACCAGGAGGAGGGAACAGUGAUCUUAAGGUCCGUUGCAGUUCGGGAGCGUGCAAGAGGUGGGCCUGGACCAGCAAGCUGGCCAUGUACCGCAACACAUGCCUGUGUGGGUCGGCCUUCUCGAACCAGCCUUUCGAGGAGGGCAAGGACCUGCAGAACUCCAAGGGCAAGGGCAAAGGAGGCCGUGGGCAGCAGGGUGGGUCCUCGGCCGCAUUCUCGGCGCAGUUGGAAGCGUUGAUCAAGUCCCAGCCUGAGUCGCAGGCGGCCAAGGCUGCCCAGGUGCUGCUCACGGCGGCGACCGCAGCGGCCAGCCAGCCGAAGCCGCACACGACCCAGCAGGUGACUGAGGUGUCGGCGAAGGUGCAGAGGGCGCAGUCGGCUUUCGACAUGGCGCAGAGGCAUCAUAUCAAGCUGGCAUCGGACAUGGAGAAGAACAAAAUCGUGCUCCAGGAGGCCGCCAGUGCGUUGACGGAGGCAGAGCACGAGAGAGCCACCCUGUUCAAGGCUAUGAUCCCGAGUGCACAACAGUCCCAGGCCACGCCUGGGCCUGCGAGUGGUGCAUCGGCCAUCGAUCUGAGUGCGAUGCUAACGGCCAAUCAUUUGGAGGAGUCGAUGAUCUCGCUGGAUCUUGGGUCGGAUUUUGACAACUCGGACGGGGUCAUGAAUCAGACGGACUUGGAGGAGCUGGAGCGCCGCAAGUCUGCGGUCAAGAAGGCUCUCUUCGACGCGAUGAAGGCGUCCUUCGGCAGCUUGCAGGAGAAGCUGAAGGAGCAUCGGGACUCGCUGGCGGAGAUCCGUGAGUCCAACGCCAAGAAGCGGAGGGUGCCAGUCCCAGGUGGCGACGCGGACGGGGUGGAGAAGGCGAGGAUGGAGGCCAUCGCCAGCAAGCUGGAGGCGGCGGCCAAGUCCUUGCUCGAUAGG